AUGGCUAAACUAGCCAUCUUCAUGCUACGAAAAGGUUUGUCCAAGAAGAAAUUACUCUUGGACCUCAACUUGAUGAUGAAGCGAGGUAAAAAGACCUUCACCGUUGGCAAAGUCUCCAUCACUCGAGGCGGUGUUAUUGGUUUCGAAGCUCAACAAGAGUACGAGUUCAGUUGUAAAAACACUCUCUUAUACCAUCAUUACUUUACCAACAAGAAAAAACAAUGCCAAAACUAUUACUAUACUCCCUCACCAAAUUUUGAAGACACCAAUGAAUUAGAAGCUAUUAACAAGGUGCUCGAGGCCAUAGUUUCGUGUAAAGAUAGCGGUGUCCGGCCUCUAAGGGUAACAGACUCUCCAUUUCCUUCGCAAAAUGAAGAUGAUAAUUAUGGUGAUGAACGUGUGGAUGAUGCUGCCGAGGAGUUUAUUCAGAGGUUUUACUCGCAACUUAAGGAGCAAAGUUGCUGCUAG